UCGGUCCGGACACCACGGCGCGACGACGCACGUUACAUCUAUAACCGUCUUUCCCGCUUUACGAAACGCCAUGGAUCUGAUCAUUUAAUCGGACAAUGGAAUAUACGUCACAAAUAGGUCGAAUAAACGGUGACGUAAUGACCCAAGCCCACGAGCCUCUCAACAUAAUGGACGGCACACAAGCUGACUACUCCACAAAGACUAAGAGAGGCAUCUAUCUCUCCAAGUGUCUCGCCUUCAUUAUCUUAGUGAUCUUCGCUCUAGCUCUGGUCACUGCUUCACUCUUAGUCUACAACUAUGCCGCAUGUCCAAAAAUUGACCAAUUGGCGAACGUCACAAAAUAUGAACUAUGUCAUUGUGACCAAUCAAAACUGUUAGUGUUACCUUUAACGACAGAAAGCAGUAGAUCUGUCAUUCCUCUAGAAAGUUCAACUCACUCCUCUAUGCCAAAUAUAACAAACUUAUGGCUGCCAAAGCAAGUGAAACCAGAGAGAUAUUUUCUUAACAUAACCCCAUACAUUUAUGAGGGCAAUUUCACAUUUGAUGGAGAAGUUACAAUUCAUCUUAUAGUGAUUGAAGAAACCAAAGAACUUACCUUCCAUGGUGUCGAACUGACGAUACAUGAAAUAAGAAUCCAUGAGAAGGAUGACGACCAUUUGAUAUACAUAGUUAGACAACUUGAGGAUGUUCCGAGAAAUUUUCAUAUCUUGACCUUAGGAUCUUCGUUAGAGGUUGGAAAGCAGUACAUUUUAUCCAUCAAGUACACUGGUAUCCUAAAUGACAAUCUACAUGGAUUCUAUCGAAGUUCCUACGAAGAGAAGGGAGUUAGAAAAUGGAUAGCAGUCACUCAGUUCCAGGCGAUGGACGCCCGCCGUGCGUUUCCAUGCUGGGACGAGCCAGCUCUAAAAGCAAGGUUCACCAUAACCAUCGCAAGACCAAACAACAUGACGUCUCUUUCUAACAUGAAUAUUGUUAGACAUAGUCCGCACGAAAAUCUACCAGACUACACUUGGGAUCAUUAUGCGGAGUCAUUACCAAUGUCUACGUACCUGGUAGCAUUUACUGUCACCGACUUCAAGAAUAUGACCAAUAACAAGUUCUCCGUCUGGGCCCGAAGUGAAGCGGUACAGUCCGCAGCUUUCGCUCUAGAAAUAGGCCCUAAAAUACUCAAGUAUUUGGAAGAAUAUUACAAAAUUAAGUUUCCUUUGCCAAAAAUUGAUAUGAUCGCAUUACCGGACUUCAAAAAUGGUGCCAUGGAGAAUUGGGGGCUACUUACUUUUAGGGAAAUAUCAAUGCUAUACGAGGAAGGCGUCUCAGCGAGUACAGACAGGGUACACGUGGCGACUGUGGUAGCCCACGAGAUCGCUCACCAGUGGUUCGGCAACUUGGUCACUCCAACUUGGUGGCGUGACCUAUGGCUCAACGAAGGCUUUGCUACGUACGUCGAGUACGUUGCUGUUAAUGCUGUGGAGAAAUCCUGGAACAUUACAGAACUGUGUGUCCUAGACAUAGUCCACAACGUGUUCCAGUUGGAUGCUCUUAACUCCUCGCACCAACUAUCAGUGGAAGUUAGUGCUUCUGAGGAAGCUGAUGCUAUCUUCGAUAAAAUUUCCUAUGGAAAAGGAUCAGCACUACUUCGAAUGUUGAACCACGUGUUAAAAAGCGAUGUCUUCAACGCCGGAGUAACGAACUACCUCAAUUCCAAAAUGUAUGGCAAUGCUGAACAAAGGGACCUCUGGAGUGCUCUCACAAGUGCAGCGCGGAAGACUGGGGACUUUGAUGCAGAUGUCGCUGUGGUCAUGGACUCAUGGACCCUUCAAACUGGUUUUCCAGUCCUCACUGUAACAAGAGACUAUGAGAACGGCAGCUUGCUUUUCAAACAGGAACGAUUCGUUUUAAUUAACGACACAUUUGAGACCCAAAAGUCUCCAAUAUGGUGGAUCCCGGUGUCCUACGCCACAGCUUCGGAGAAAGAUUUUGAGACUACACAACCGAAACUAUGGCUGAAGGGAGAAAAGUCUUUGACUGUCAACAAUAUUACGAUGAGACCCGAAGAUUGGUUCAUAGCCAAUGUGCAGCAAACUGGUUUCUACCGUGUAAACUACGAUUUACAAAAUUGGAAGCUUUUAAUCAAGGUCCUUAAGGAUCCAGCUCGAUUCCAGGAGAUACAUAUCAUCAACAGAGCUCAGUUGGUGGAUGAUGCUAUGAAUUUAGCACUAACAGGUCGACUGGACUAUAGAACAGCAUUGGAUGUUACCAGCUACCUCGCUCAUGAGAGAAGCUAUGUGCCAUGGAAAGCUGGACUCUCAGCUCUUGGAUACAUAGACACAAUGCUGUCGAAAGGAGCUCACUAUUUGGAGUAUGGGCAUUAUGUCCUUCGACUUCUGAACGAUGCUGUAAAGGAAGUUGGAUGGGAGGUGUCUCCCAAUGAGAGCGUCAUCACCUCGCAGUACCGAGUGGACCUUCUGGCUUCAGCCUGCCACUUCGAACACCCUGACUGCUUGGAGAAUGCUGUUAGGAUGUACACCAACUGGAUGCUUGCUCCAAAUCCUGAUUCAAAUAACGAAAUUCAUGUUGAUCUGCGUGGGAUAGUGUACUGCGUCGGAGUACGAGCUGGCGGCGUGAGAGAGUGGACUUUUGCAUGGGACCGGUUCAAGGUGGCAACUGCACCUUCAGAGCGACACCGACUGCUGUCUGUGUUGGGUUGCACGAGGUCUCCUUCAUUGCUUCAUCGGUAUUUAGAGAUGUCACUGCGCAACGACAGCGGUAUUAGGAAGCAGGAUAUCGUCCGUGUGUUCUCAGCGGUUGCUGGCACUGGCAUCGGACAGCCAAUAGCGUUCAACUACAUCAGAGCUAAUUGGCAAAGACUUCGAUCAUUUGUUGGAUCCCUGUCCACGAUCAAUUUGAUUGUUAAACUGGUCACCAGACGGCUAAAUCAAGCACAUGAAUAUGAAGAGUUAAAGAGAUUCGUGAUGGAAUCCUGCAGUGACUUGGGUCGUCCAGUUCAGCAAGUGUUGGAGACCAUCUCCUCAAACGUGCAGUGGAGGGAUCGGAACUACCAUACCAUCGUCGACUGGCUUCGGGCAGCGGAUCAAGCAGCUAAACUAAAUUAAGAUUAUUCUAGAACAAAAUAGUCAUUACCAUGACCCCAAUUGUACAGUAUAAUCAUUCUUCACAAUCUGAGUAGGUAGUAUAGAAAUUUUAUACUUACAAAAUUUGUGAAUUAAAUAAAUUUAUGUUAUUAUUUUAAUAGCGUAACUUUGCACGAAGAAUUUAAGCUACGAUUUUUAGCGUCAUACAAUGUUAUUGUAAAAUGUAUAUACACCAAAAAUACUUAUUCAGUCUAGCCUUUUUGAUUACCUUUUUAAAAAUGAUUAAUUUUAACUGUUAUUUGACAUAAAAAAAUAAUUUGAAUAGAUACAAAAAGGCUUACUUAUGGCUGGCUGUUGAGAUGUCAAGUAGUUCAUUCUGCUCAUAUUUGUGAGCCCCAGCCGUGGCUAUAAACUAGUCAACCACCCUCGAACGAUUACGUGUACCUUAAUUGAACUUUAUAUGGAAAGAAGAAUCUAAUUUCAUUUUUUGUUAUAAAGUUGUACUUGCUAUUUAACUUCCAAUGAAAAGCAUUCUUUAUUUACGAGAACCUUUAAAAUAAUUUCGUAUCUUACUUUACUUAGUUUAAUAUUAUUGGUUACUCAGCCGUAACUGUAAGUGUUUGAAGCUAUUGAAAAUAUUAGUCCUUUUAGAAAUCCUAGAUCUGAAUCAACAUUAUAAUUUCAUUGUAUUAAAUCGUAAAGACGAUUAGUAAUUAUUAAAGUAUCUGGCAUGCUUUUAUAGUUAGUUAAACUUCUCUCAAAUCUUGCAAUAGUUUUCGUUUCCGAUGGUGAUGAACCAUCUGAAUAUCUUUAGAGCCAAAAUUAAAAACAUUUAUCUUUAAGUCUGCGACUAUUUUUUUUUUGUGUUUAAUUUUUCUUUUUCAACAAUUUUUUGUUCUACAGUCAUAAUGUUCAAGCUUUUAAACACCGUGACAUCUCUAGUUUUAAUUAAAAAUAAUAUUUAAAUCAAAUACUGUAUUAUCUUAUCUUAGAUAGUUAAUUGUCUGUAAAUACAAACUGAACUUUGUACUAUUUAGUUCUAAUUCUAAUAAUA